UAUGCUAUCCUUCCCUCUUACCCUAAUGAAAUUGCGAGCGUGCUAACGGCGCUAGGCUCACCCACUUGCUUGUGCUGCUGCCCUCGCGGCUCAGAAGAUAAUCAAACGGGACAAUCUGAUUGAGCGAGUAGGAUCCCAUGGGAAGUAACCUCGAAGCGCUCUUACACGAGAAAAUUGACCCUCUUCCAUUCGUGGGCGACAUACGUGGACGGGGUCUGUUCUGGGCCGUGGAGUUUGUCGCGGACAAACAGUCUAAGACACCGUUCACUCCUGAAGCCGACUUCUCUAAUACGAUCGUGAGAAACGCUCUCAAAAACGGCUUGAAUAUAUUGGGGAAUCUAGGACAUACUGGGAGAUACUAUAUUGACCAUGUUAUUAUCUGUCCUCCGUACAUUGUGACGGAGAGUGAUCUUGAGCAGAUUGUGUGUCGCUUUUGCGGGAUGCAAUCAUCGAGACAAGUCGGCCAUUUCUUGAAUGAAGAGGUACCUUUUACCGUUUAGCUUAGCUAGUUACAAAACCAUUCCAUGUCCUCAUAUAAUCAAUAAAACUCUCACUGAGACCCGUCUCCCUCAAAUAACCCUCCGUCACAGGCAACGCCGG